AUGGUCCCAAAGGGGAGCUCCAACCCCAGGCUGGUUCCAGCUCCCACCUCGGUGCCAGCCACAGCCAGGCAGGGAGCUCAGGGCAGCCUGGCACCAGUGGGAUGCCAGCUCCUGCCAUGCCAGCAGAGCCUGCACCGGCAGGUUUGGUGCCAGGGGGUGCGAGGCAGCCACGCCACCCCAUGCCAGCCCCCACUGCUGCCCCUCUGCCCGCUGUGCCAGCAGCCUGCAACGCCCCAGCUGGACCCGGAGCCUUUGCUGUGCCCAGCUCCCGGCACCCUCCGUGUGCCCAAUUCCCGGAGCCCUCUCUGUGCCCGGUUCCUUCUUUAUCCCGGGCCAGGCUGGGGGGGCCCCUGGCACGCCCAGCAACCACCAACGCAAAUAGCCGGUGCCUCCUCCGCCCGCCGCCGCCCGGCGCACGCUGGGGCUCCAAUUUCCCGGCGUCAGCCCCCGCCACCGCUCAGCUGUCGUCCCCCUGUGCCCUGUCACUCCGCUGGCCCCGGCACCGCCGCGGCUGCCGCCGCCACCGAGCGCUGCGGGCUCUGCGGCCACCGGGGCCCGGCACCGGCCGCCCUGCGGGGGCUCCUUCAGCGCGGGGGGAGAGCGCCAAGCACAGGCAUGACGGAGAAGGAAGUGCCAGAGGCGCCGGCUUCACCUGCUUCAGGUGGGAAACCCAAGAGCCGGCAGCUGCAGAAGCUGAAGCGAAUUUUCCAGCGAAAACCCAAGGAGGAGGCGGUGCAGGAGCCGCAGCCCAACGGGGAGCUGGUCAGCCCCUCGGGGGGACCCAUCUACUACAUCUACGAGGAUGACGAAGAGGAGGAAGAGGAGGAGGAGCCCGAGCCCCCUCCCGAACCGGAGAAACUCGUUAACGACAAACCGCACAAGUUCAAAGACCAUUACUUCAAAAAGCCCAAAUUCUGCGAUGUUUGUGCCCGCAUGAUCGUCCUCAACAACAAAUUUGGCCUGAGGUGCAAGAACUGCAAAACCAACAUCCACCACCACUGCCAGACCUACGUGGAGAUGCAGCGCUGCUUCGGCAAGAUCCCUCCCGGGUUCCGGCGGGCGUACAGCUCCCCCCUCUACAGCGACCAGCAGUUCGUCGGCACCAAGGACCAGCUCGCGAACAGGAGCGACCCCGUGUUCGAGACGCUGCGGACGGGGGUGAUCAUGGCCAACAAGGAGCGCAAGAAGGGGCAGGACGACAAGAAAAACCCCCUGGCUGCGAUGAUGGACGAGGAGCCGGAGGCCGCGAAGCCGGUGGGGAGCAAAGCUGAGGGUGGCGCCUCCGAGGGGGACAAGAAGGCUGAGAAGAGCCCAACAGAUGACAAGAGCAAGAAGCCACCGCCGGGGGGGUUCCUGCAGUCCCACUACUUCGUGGCACUUUAUCGCUUCAAAGCCCUGGAGAAGGACGACCUGGACUUCCCGCCGGGGGAGAAGAUCACGGUGGUCGAUGACUCCAACGAGGAGUGGUGGCGGGGGAAGAUCGGGGAGAAGGUCGGGUACUUCCCCCCCAACUUCAUCAUCCGGGUGCGGGCGGGCGAGCGGGUGCACAAGGUGACG